GUAUAUAGGUGUAUAAUCUAUGAUAAACCGAUUGUGUCAAAUAAUCAAAUUGGCAAUUCGCUCCGCGUCUUAACUUUUAUUUGUUUCGCGUUUUCGCUCCUGUUGUGUAUUUAUUUAUCAGUCCUAUUGAAAAUAAUUUAAAAUUCCGUGAUAUGAGAUCUGUCAGUGCGUAAUAAGUUUUCUCAAAUAGUACUUUCAAAUGCAUUAUUUGUCGGCAUUUUAGGUUAAAGAAUAUCGUCAUCAUAAUAACGUAUGUGUAAUGAUAGAGUUAUUUUUGGAAAGUAAUUAUCGAAAAGGUCUAUCAUUGAGUGUUUAAAAGUGUGUAAUAUUGAACAUUAAGUUACGUCCCUGGAAAGAAAAUGGGUCUGAUAUUGUCAAGAUUUCGCCGCAAGAAAACAACAAUAGAAAUACUGGAUAAGCUCGAAACAAAAAUAAAAAGUAUAGAAGAGGAUGGGCAGUAUAAGGAGCAGACACACAAAAGGAUCAUAGGUUAUAUGAUGGCGUACUCUGUAGGACUGUACGUGCUCUUCGCUGUACUGUAUUACUACAUGUACGUCGGCAGGAGCCAGCAUUGGGUGCAUUCGUUGCUGUACGCCUCGCCGCUGUUGAUUCUUCCAGUUCUCGUAAUAUUUCUACGUUCCUCAAUAUCUUGGUACUACAACUGGACGCUCAACAAGAACAGAAUGAAACUGAACAAAAUGAGAGAAGAGAAAAAGAAGCUUCUAGAAGACGUCAUGAAUACAGAGACUUACAAGGUCGCUAAGGAGAUAUUAGACAAGUACGGCUGUCCAGAGGAGCAAUCGAAAGCGAUCACACCCUUACCGGCACUCAACGCGACUACCGUGAUUAGAACCCCACCAGGUAGACUUACGACACCAGUGCAGAUACGACCAAGAUUAGCGAUACAGCACUCAACGCCGAUAACGAACAAUAAUCAUAAUUUAGUACCAGUCAAUACACCAACGGCUUUGUACAGGGGGCCGCGACUAAGGUCGGAUCAGUUGCCGCGACCGCUCCCAGAUAGAAACCGCUCUGCGUUAGACAAAGUGGUCGACUAUCUCUUAAAAGACGGACCGAACCAUCGCAUGGCGCUGAUAUGCAGUACCUGCUUCUCACAUAACGGCAUGGCGAUGGCGGAGGAGUUCGAGUACGUGUCGUACGUGUGCGCGUACUGCGGGAAGCUGAACGCGGCGCGCAAGCAGCGCCCCGCCGCGCCGCUGCUGGCGCCCGCGCGCGCCGUACUGCCCGCUGUGCGCGGCUUGGUCCACGGUGGUGGCGAUGACUCGUCAGUGGCCAGUUCAAGCGACAGCGAGGAUGAGAAGCAUGACAAUGAUACCCUUAACCCUUUAAGCGAGCAGGAUCGUCCCCCCUCCCCAAUGGAGGUCGAGACGAAAUCCGAAGCAGAGAAAAAAGAAGACUGAUUUUAAUACAAUUGUUGCAUUGUUUAUUAUUUAAUUAUUAUAAAUGCUUGCUUAUAUUAUAAUUGAUUGGUCAAGUGAGGGAGUUUCCGAAAAGUUUGUUUGACAUAUUUAUUUUUAUGUGUAUGAAUACAAAUUUAAAAUACAAUCAUGUUUGUUAAAUAAAUACAUCAACACCAGGACCACAACCUCCACUGAAUAGAGAGAGUCGAUUGGCUUAAUAGAUGAUUUGAUAAUUGUAAUAAAACCUCAUUUUUAAGGACCUAAAUAAUUAGCGAUGAAAUAUUUGUUAUCUAUGGUCGGUGCAUAGUUUUUCUUUGGAUCAUAUUUCUGUUUUGCCAAUAAUAAAUUAAUAAAUUCAAUGAAUUAUUGCUUGAUAUAAUUAUUAUAUAUUAUUAUUAUAUUAUUUUUAUAUAUUAUUAUCGCUUUAAAAUAGUGUUCAAGAUGUAAGUAAUUUUUGGUAAAAUUGUAACUCUUAAUGUUUUUUAUUAUGUAAAAACUUUUUUGAGUACAGAAUUACUACGAAAAUUAAUAUUGUAUUCAUUAAAAAAAAAACAUAUUAUUUCAUUAUGUGCAUGUUUUAUAUGUUUAUGUAUUAAGUUUGUUUUCUGAGGAAGGGACAAGGGACGUACGGUAAAGGUUGAUGGAGUCGCCUUAAAUAAAUACUACUCAUAAUUUAUUUUUAAAACGCAGCAAACAAUAUGAAUUUGUUAAUAUAAAGAAAAAUUUUAUUAAAAA